AUGUCAAUUGAAGAGUGUCAGCACCUUCCAAAACAAAUUGAUGCAUUUAAAAUGAAAAAUUUUUCAUUUAAGUGUGGGUGUGGCCAAUUGACAGAGUGUGUUUGUGUAACAUGUAGAAAACAUAUGUGUGAAGAAUGUAGAGAUAAACAUGAACAUCCAGUAAGUUGUGGAACAAAAGGGGGAUAUUGUAAAGAAUGUAAGAAAGAAAUUUCAAAAGAAAAACUUCAAAAAUUGUAUGAUACUCUACCAUUGAUUUUACCAAAAAAUGCAAAAGGAUUAGGAUUAUUUAUGAAAUACAGAAAACCAUCAAAUGUUGUAAUUAUGGCAGGUGCAGGAAUUUCUACAAGUGCAGGAAUUCCUGACUUUAGAACUCCAGGAACAGGACUAUAUGAUAAUUUAGAAAAAUAUAAUUUACCAUUUCCACAAGCUGUUUUUGACAUUGAUUAUUUUAAGUCAAAUCCAAACCCAUUUUAUACACUUGCAUCUGAAUUAAUGCCAGGUCUUGGAAAAUAUUUUCCAACACCAACUCAUUAUUUUUUAAAUUAUUUAAAUAAAUUAGGAUAUAUUUCAAUGCUUUUUACUCAAAACAUUGAUGGACUUGAAAUUCAAUCAGGUUUUCCUAAAGAAAAAUUAGUUAUGGCACAUGGUAAUUAUUAUUCUGCUCAUUGUUUAAAUUGUAAAAAAUCAUUUGAACAAAAUUAUUUUAUUGACAAUGUACGAGAUGGAAAAGUAUGUUAUUGUGACUCUUGUAAAGGAGUAGUAAAACCAGAUAUAGUUUUCUUUGGAGAAGGAUUACCUCAAGAAUUCUUUAAUAAUUUUGAAAAAGUAGAAAAUUGUGAUUUAUUAAUUGUUUUGGGAACUUCAUUACUUGUUCAACCAUUUGCUUCUUUAAUUGAUCUACCAAAAAAGAAUACACCAAGAGUAUAUAUUAAUAUGAAAAAAUUUAACUCAUUUAAUAAAAUUAAUGAUCUUCAAAUUAUUGGAAAAUGUGAUGAAUCAAUAUUAGAAAUUGCUGAAUAUAUGGGAAUAGGUGAUGAUUUUAAGAAAUAUCUUGAAGAACAACAAUAA